AUUUCUAAAAUCGAAUGACAUAUCGAUUGAUGGUUUACAUCGACGACCUCUAGUGAGAAUAUACAAUUUACGAUAUCAUACGCGAAAUAGAAAUAGUCGAUAAUACUCGAUAAGUUUAGAAGUUUGUUGAACGAUCAGCUGUUUUGGAAACGAACAACAAGUAUUAAGAAGAAAACUUAAUCGAGUUUUAUAUUGAUAGAUAUUCAAUAUUUUAUAAAUAAAAUGACAACGGCUGCAAGACCUACGUUCGAACCUGCUAGAGGCGGACAAGGACGCGGUGAAAAAGAUUUAAGUGCAAUAUCAAAACAAUACAGCAGCAGAGAUUUACCAUCACACACGAAAUUGAAAUAUCGAGAACAUGGACAAGGAACAAUAGAAGAAUUGCGAAAUCGAGAUUUUCGUAAAGAAUUAGAAGAACGUGAACGUGAAAGAGAAAAGGAGAAAGGUUCUAACCGUCGUAUGAUAGAACCACCUCGAGAAACUUCUACAACAAGUGCUAAAAGACAAAAAAUUGAUCAAGUACCUACAGCAAGUUUAGAUGCAGAUGAUCCUCUUGAUGAUGAUGAUUCAGAGUCGGAAAGCGAUGAAGAUGAUACUGCUGCUUUAUUAGCAGAAUUACAACGUAUUAAAAAAGAAAGAGCUGCGGAACAAGCUAAAAAGGAAAUGGAGAAACGACAGGAAGAGGAAAGAAUAAGAAUGGAAAAUAUUCUUUCUGGAAAUCCUUUACUAAGUUAUUCUUCUCAGAGUGGAAGAACAGAUAUGAAAGUCAGACGACGAUGGGACGAUGACGUUGUAUUCAAAAAUUGUGCUCGUUCCGAACCGAAAAAGAAACACGAUGUAUUCAUUAACGAUUCAUUAAGAAGUGAAUUUCAUCGUAAAUUUAUGGAAAAAUAUGUUAAGUGAACGAACUAUAUAAAAAAACAUAUUAUUCGUUUGUAUAUAGUUUUAAGUUAAUAUUACCGUAUAUUUGUUAAUAUUUGUAAGUAAUUUAUGUCAUGCUUACAAAUAAUAUAAGAAAUUAUUCUUAAAAAUUUAAAAAUGAAUUACGGAUGGCUAGUUUCAUAAACAUAUUAUUAAAUUACAUAUAUCCAAUUCUGUGUACACACGUAUAUAUGUGCGUAUAUGUGUGUUCAUUAACACAACAUCACAAAUUUAUAUCACAAAAUUUACUUCGAAUUAAAAUACGAACAAUUAAUAGCCACCGUACGGUUUGAAUCUAAAAAUAGAAGGCGUCAUCAAGAUUUGCGAUAUUCUAUUCCAUUCAACAAGAUCCAGGAAAUUUCAUUGCCCGCAAUUUUUCUUUUGUUUAUAUAUUCGAUAUAUCUCGAGGCGGUCCACUCUAACAACUUCGCAAAGAAAUCGUUAAAUUCUUCAUAUGUAAAAAUAAGCGUAUAUAAAUAAUUGGAGUGAGAGAGCAGAGAGAGAGAGAGAGAGGAGGAGCAGGGUGAGCUGCUAAGAGUGGGGUAAGGUGAAUCAAGGUAGAAUGUAUUGGUCUGACGGAGAUCGUUGAUUGUGUGAGAGGGGAAAAAGAAAGAAAGAGAAAGAAAGAGGUAGAAUAGAAGGAGAGAAAAAGAACAAGCUAGCCGAGUAUACUGGAAGUUUGUCCAGGCAAUGUAGGUACGUGUUUCGGUAGCGGUGCGAUCCGGCCUCGGCGGUGGUGGUGCUGACGGCAGCAAGCGCGUGUAAACCGCUGGGUCAAGUAUAACCGGUCCCAGGGUCCCCGGAGCAGCCGGAGGCAGCAGGCAGUCUACCGGUACGACGCGCAGCUGGUUAUCGCCGGUAGACUCCCUGGCACCGACCUGGCCAACUAACGCAACAGGGACACACGAGGGACCGGCUCGACUCGACCGGUAGAGGGACAGAGAAAGA